AUGGCACCCGCCCCUCCGUUGGGCCAGACAGCGCCGGUGCGACUAGCUGGAUCUGUUCGGGCGUUGUACAUCGCCUCGACGAUGGGGCUACAGUACGUAGCGCGUCUGGGACGCUUUUGGCUCUUAGGCGAUAUCGACAACAGCACCACGAGCACGGGGCCAGGGGAAUCGGACCACCUUAAAGUUCUUCACCGCCGUACAGAAGGAAUCGAUCGUCACGAUCCAAAGUUUAUCGUCUUCGUCGUUCUUAUCCCCGUUCUGGUUCUACUUUCGGGCCUCUUCGCCGGACUAACUUUAGGCUAUAUGAGCUUGGACGAGACCCAAUUGAACGUACUCAGCGUUAGCGGCACCCCUGAGCAACGAGAAUACGCGAACAGAAUCAAGCCAAUCCGCGAGAAUGGCCAUCGCCUGCUGGUAACGCUCUUGCUUGCCAACAUGAUCGUCAAUGAGACCCUUCCUGUUAUCGCGGAUCCAGUCCUGGGGGGAGGGGUUCCUGGAGUCGUGAUGAGCACGGUGCUAAUCGUCAUAUUCGCAGAGAUCAUACCCCAGUCUUUAUUCAGCCGACAUGGAUUGUACCUUGGCGCUAAAAUGGCGGGCUUGACGACGUGUCUUCUCUACGGCCUUGCAAUCAUUGCUUGGCCGAUCGCCAAAUUUCUAGAACUUGUCUUAGGGAAUCAUCAUGGCCUCAUCUACCGCAGAGCAGGCAAGUAUAUCUCCCGCUUUGGUGAGCUCAAGGAACUCAUUGCCAUGCACUCGGCGAGUGCAACUCAUGGUGGAGACUUGAAGGCCGAUACUGUGAAUAUCAUUGGGGCCACUCUCGAUCUCCAGGAAAAGGUCGUAAAGCAGAUUAUGACGGACAUCAAGGACGUGUUCAUGCUCUCAAUAGAUGCGAAGUUGGAUUAUACGCUGCUGAAGCAGAUCUGCGAGACUGGACAUAGCCGGGUGCCAGUGUACGAAGAAGUCGACAUCCCGCUCCCUCCAACAUCGGGAGAUGGAGCCUCCAGCCAUGAGCGGAAGCUAACACACCGCGUCAGACGUAUCGUUGGGAUUCUUCUGGUUAAAACGUGCGUUCUGCUGGAUCCAAAAGAAGCAAUUCCAAUUCGAGACCUGCCGCUAAACAAGGUUCCUUUCGUCGCCGGGGAUGAGCCCCUUCUUGGGAUUCUGAACAAGUUCCAAGAGGGGCGCAGCCACAUGGCCAUUGUCAGCCGUUUAAGCAUUCAAAAGGUGAUAGCAAGCUUAUACUGCGAUUCAACUUUCUUAACGGAAUCUUGCAGGCAGAAAGUGUAA